AUGGGAAAAUUAUUUGCACUUUUUUUGGUUAUUGCUUUAAUAGGGACUCAAGGCAAGCUAUUUCAAUCUUUUCUUCAACUAAAAAUAUCUUCAGACGAAAUCGAAACAAUUCCAACAAAUGAAGCUGACUCAUCUAUGAUAGGAGAUUUAACAUAUAAUUCUAAAUCUGACUAUGUAAAAAUGACAAGAAUCGAGCCCACUGAGGGAUAUGAAGGAGUUACAUGGCAAGAUAUUGAAGGCGAUGAUUAUGAUGAGGCUAUUCAAGUUUCAGAUAAUCCUGACGUCUACUCAGCUUAA